GCCUGUGCCUGCGCCUGCGCCUGUCUCGCCUGUCUCGUCUGUCUAUUCUGUCCAUCUGUCCAACUCGUCUCUCUUCACUCAGUCGGUCUGUGCGAUGCGACGUCUCUCUUUCUUCAUCUCCCUACCAGCCUGACUGACCGCAAUCAUGCAUCCUCGUCCCUCCUACAACCCAUCCUCUAUCCAUUCCUUCGUGUAACACCCUAACUGCCAGAUGCUACCUGUGUCAUCUUUUUCCAUUCUGCCACACCUUGGGUCCAGGUCGCCAUGGACCUGAAAUCCAUGCUCAAUGACUCCUCCGCCCAACGACAACAACCACAGCACCCUCCACCACCGCAGCCACCGCGUCUUCACACCACACCUCACUCCUCCUUCGACCGUCCUGCCGAUCACCAUCCCUACGAUCCCAUCUCUCGCCCUCUGUCCAACUCAAACUCGCAUCCUUCCACCCGCGAACAAUCUGCGCCAUACCCUCCCCAAAACACAUCCUCCGACUAUCGCACCAGCACCAACGGCUCCUAUUUUUCUCUCCAGUCCCCUCCUGCUCAUAAUUCUGCCUCUGUGCCCCCUUCAGCCAUAGCCCCGUCCCCAGGACCUCCAUCCACCUACGCACAAAGCCCUGGUCCUCAUGGACACGUCCAUUCACGUCGAGAUAGCAUUCCGCCGCAACAGCAACAUCCUCAUUCCUUUGUUCCCUCACCGUCUCCCUCCGGUCCUUAUCCCUCUACGCCAGGCUCCAAUCAACAUCAGACCCCAUAUUCCGCCUCUAACUAUCACCAUCCAGCUCCCUACCCGACCUACUCUCAAUCUCCCCGUGACGAUAUAGCGACCGCGAAUGGACAUGCCCAUUCCUCCUCUCGCAACAUCUCUCCCAACGCUCAAUUCCAUCCUCCCCCUCCAGCGACUCCUUUAGGACCACCUGCCGCAUAUCCACGACCACCACCUCACUCAAUUCGACCUCCCUCACAGGGCCACGAGAAUUUUCGGCGAUCCUCUGCUGGCUCAGUCGGCUCCGCCCAUAGCAGAGACUUCAAUUCCGCCGCCCCUCCCCAGCUCACCCAUUCUCGAAGCGGAAGCGCACAAAGAAGCUAUUCGGGGGACGUGCGGGACCAUCGAGAACGAAGCAUAGAGAGUGUCAGUCCCAAAACAAUUCCACGCCCACCGCCUCACCGUCAGACAAGCGACGGUCGUAUCCAUGAUAUCAAUUCCGCAAUCCCUCAAACUGUCGUCCCGCCCAGCCCUCUUGGUUCUGCUGGCCCCGGUCCCCUUGGUACGCCCGACCGUGUCCUCGGUCUGCAAGCCAACGAGACCACUCCAAAAUCAUCAUCAGCUUCCUUAGAACCAAGAACCGCCCCUUCGACAUAUCAAUCUUCGCGCGCUAGUCCCGCCGCGAUCCCACCGAGCAACAUGACCCCCCAGUCGACACACUCGCCUCUUCCCCAAUUGACCAAUUCCCCGGCCGUCUCCCACUCUGGCCUGAAACGAAACGCGAGCCACCUGUCCAGCGUCCCUUCCACCCCACAGCCCCCACGAAAACGCCCUAGACAAGACGACAUCCCAGUCUGGGCCCAAAGUGCCAGGACCCGUCAGUUGAAAUUUAUCAAAAGCCAUGUAGCUGCGCCAAUUGUUAAGCGAGAGAGUCCUCUCAAACAAGAAAUGCCAAAUCACGUUGCACUCAAUGGUCAAGGACAGGCACAUGGUCAACCACCGCCGGCCCCGCCGGCUCCUUUCUCGCAUGAUGCCGUGGGCAUAGAUCAGCCACAUUGGGAACCUUCCAUCCUCAACAUAACGCCCUACGAAGACCUGACCAAGCGGGUUUGCGACUGGAUAGCCCACUUUUUGGUCAAUGCAGCAACCCCAACCAACGGAGCCACCUUCGAGAUUGAAGCCAAAGUGGGAGCAAUUUGGGACGAAGAAACCGGCACGCGAAUGAAUCUACCCGUUGACACCGAGGCUGUCUUUAGCCGCGAAAAGUAUCGCGGCAAGACAAGUUUUCGCAGCUCAAUGAACAUGGCCCAACAUAAGCAGGUCAACGCAUUCUUAAACGGUAUUGUUGAAGAGUCGCACAAAGAGGCGGCUAAUUCGGAUCGAGUCCCCAUAUUCUAUAGCCACCCCCACGAAUAUGACGAAUUCUACGAGCUGACUGAGGACGGACGACGAAAUUUGCCUCCCUCCAUCCGCAAUUGGUUGCAUCCGCGCCACAAACCUAAGGUUCGCAGGACCAUCAACGAACAAAACGAUGAGGUCAAAGCACAAAUCAUCAAAUCCCGCAUUGCCGACCUUGACGUGUACAAUCCACAGGCAGAUUUUGACUAUCGCAUCUCCAUCAGUAUCGAAAGUCCCUGGGAAGGGGACCCCGAAUGGUUGACGGAAAUGUCAGAGACCAGCCGAGACCGCAAAAAGGACCGGAUGAGCUAUCGGCAUAUGGCCUAUCAGAUUGACCUAACUCAAGUCUCGUUUCCCAACACUGGAGAGAAAGAGCACGAAUUGGAAGUUGAGAUCAGUACUGAGAUGGUUCGGCGCGAGCUGGAUAAUCUCAAGGCCGAACGUCCCAGCAUGUAUGAGCAACUUGUUCGGGGCUUGAUUGACAAUGUUCGUGUGCUGUGCCGACGCAGCACAAUGCCUAAUCGAGGUCGAUAAUGAGGUGGGAUUUGGGUAGCCAUGGGAUACACACGAUAUUUGGUCCAGCCAAGAACAGGAUCAGGGGUCAAGAGGAAUGGAGGUGUAUUUUUAACCACUUCAUGUGUCCUUGUAAUUCUAUAGUAUCAUACCAUGCAGUCAUGACCUGGAAAAGGAACCUAUCAAGGACUCGCAUCUUCUGGGGAAAUUCAUUUCCGAGUCUGCUACAAUUUGGCCUCUACAGAUUAGUCUAAGUCCGAGAGCGUUAUUCGGGGUCUUCUAUAAAGGCAUACCCUAAAUAGAGGAAAUUAUUACUGGCAUAUCAAAAACCCAACACACCCAACUACUUUGGACAUUAUCGUAU